CUCACACUCGUGACCCUUCUCUCUGUAAAAAAAAAAAAAGGGUUCCUGCCAGUGGACUCGCGAGUCCCACAACACUAUUCUCUCUCAUGGAGACGACUUCGGGCUGCGACUGGUCGCCUAAUAUCCGCCAGAUUUAGCAGAAGCUCUCCAUCUCCUUCACCAAAAUUCGGAAAACUUUGGAUUUGCCUCACUACACGCAGUUAGAUCUCUGACCUAAAGCCAUGGAAGACGAGAGAGGAGCUCUAAUCCAGAAGCUAAUCGACAUCGUCAAUGAAAUAUCAACAAUCUCAGACUAUCGGUGUACGGUCAAAAAGCAGUACUGUAAUCUAGCGAGGAGAUUGAAGCUGUUGACUCCAAUGUUGGAAGAGAUUAGAGAUAGCAAGGAUUUAGUUCCUGAAGAGUCCUUCAAAGCUUUGACCUCUUUGAAGGAGGCUUUGGAAUCCGCUAGAGACUUGCUCAGGUUCGGAAGUGAAGGAAGCAAGAUUUACCUGGUCCUAGAAAGGGAUCAAAUUAUGAAUAGAUUCCAAGAAGUCACAACCCACUUGGAACAAGCUUUGGGUGGAGUUUCCUAUGAAAAACUUGACAUAUCAGACGAAGUUAAGGAACAGGUUGAGCUUGUUCUUUCUCAGUUCAGAAGAGCUAAAGGGAGGGUAGAUGCACCUGAUGUUGAGCUAUAUGAAGAUUUGCUAACCCUUUACCUUUACAACAAGAUCAAUGAUUCAGCUGUAGAUCCAGACUAUCCAGUUCUCUUAAGGAGAUUGGCUGAAAAGUUACAAUUAAAGGGUAUAACUGACCUCACCCAAGAAUCACUAGCUUUACAUGAGAUGGUUUUAUCCGUAGGUGGAGAUCCAGGGGAAAGAAUAGAGAAGAUGUCAAUGCUACUGAAAAGAAUUAAAGAUUUUAUGCUGACAGAGAUUUUGGACAUGGAUCCUCCUACAACUGAGAAGUCUAUUCCUUCAGGUUGUGCUGGAGAAGCAUCCAUGGAAGGAAUUCACAAGUCACCGGUUAUACCGGAUGAUUUUCGCUGUCCAAUAUCCCUCGAGUUGAUGACGGAUCCCGUCAUUGUAUCAACAGGGCAGACCUAUGAGCGUUCCUGCAUCGAGAAAUGGUUGGAGGCAGGGCAUGGCACUUGUCCAAAGACACAACAAACCCUCACUAGCACUGCCCUCACACCCAACUAUGUUUUACGUAGCCUCAUAGCCCAGUGGUGCGAGGCAAAUGGGGUUGAACCACCAAAACGACCCAGCCCUCGGCCCAGGAAGAUAUCUGCAUGCUCACCUGCUGAACGUAAAAAGAUAGAAUCUCUCCUUUGUAAGCUUACAUCUGGCAACCCCGAAGAUCAGCGAUCUGCUGCAGGGGAAAUACGCCUUCUUGCCAAGCGCAAUGCUGAUAAUCGUGUGGCCAUUGCUGAAGUUGGUGCCAUCCCUCUUCUUGUUGGCCUCCUUUCAACACCUGAUUCCCGCACUCAAGAGCAUGCUGUCACAGCGCUUCUUAAUCUUUCCAUAUGUGAGGAUAACAAAGGAAGCAUCAUGUCGGCAGUGCCUGGUAUAGUCCAGGUGCUCAAGAAGGGAAGCAUGGAAGCAAGGGAAAAUGCAGCGGCCACCCUAUUUAGCCUGUCAGUUGUGGAUGAAAAUAAGGUUACUAUUGGUUCUAUAGGAGCAAUCCCGCCACUUGUGACACUGCUUAGUGAAGGUACUCAAAGGGGUAAGAAGGAUGCUGCAACAGCACUCUUCAACUUGUGCAUAUACCAAGGGAACAAGGGAAAGGCAGUGAGGGCUGGAGUUGUGCCCACGCUGAUGCGGCUGGUGACAGAACCUCAUGGUGGGAUGGUGGAUGAGGCCCUAGCCAUACUAGCGAUACUGUCUAGCCAUCAUGAAGGGAAGGCAGCCAUCGGAGCUGCAGAAGCAGUGCCAUUUUUGGUAGAGGUUAUUGGGACUGGGUCUCCACGGAACAAAGAGAAUGCAGCUGCAGUUUUGGUGCACCUUUGUGGUGGAGACCAACAUCAUAUGGUAGAGGCUCAGGAACUGGGAGUGAUGGGUCCACUGGUGGAUUUAGCACAAAAUGGCACGGAAAGGGGCAAGCGGAAGGCUGCACAGUUGCUUGAACGUAUGAAUAGAUUUGUCGAGCAGCAGAAGCUAGCACAGGCCCAAGCUGAGACUCAAGUUCAGACUCAGAGUCACAACUAGCAGUCACGGCCACCAUCCUCGGCAAAUACUGUUGUUGGUUGAUAACUUGUGUUCUCAUUACUCUUGCCUUGGUUUCUUCUUCGUUUUUUUUUUGUUUUUUUUUUUUUUGCCUCCUCCUUUCCCUUAAGAGGGGGGGGGGGGGGGGGGGGGGGUUCGUCGAUGAAAAAGGGGCAGGUGGAAGAUGAUCUGCCCCAUCUCUUAAUUUACUCAUUUGUUUCGUUGGGUUGAAAAUUGUUGUACAUCACAAAUACUGUUGAAAAGAAGCGCAUCAAAAGGGAAAAGAAGAGCAGAAAGAUACAACCUGACAUGUAUGUUAAAGUGUACCCAUUGUAACAUGUAAAACUGUAAUCAUCCUCGGUUUCUAUCGAAGGAGAUAUUUUUAUCCAUCAAUGAAACUGCUGCUUAUUUUUAUAGCAAGCACAUUAAA